AAUAAAUUACGGUAAUUAUUAUUAUUGUUGUUUGUUGUGAUUGUAGAUUUUUAGCAACCUUCAGCUUUGUAGUGGGUUGUGUAGAUAGAGAGGAGCAUGGCGGCGACCAGGCGUUUGGCCAAGGAAUUGGCCGACAUUCGUAAGUCUGAGCUGAACGUGUUCACAGACAUCCAGGUGAGCGAGACGAACAUGUUGCUGUGGAAUGGACUUCUGGUUCCUCACGACCCGCCGUACAACAAGGGUGCUUUCCGCAUAGAAAUUUCCUAUCCGGCUGAAUAUCCGUUCAAGCCCCCCAAGGUGAUUUUCAAGACGCCCAUCUAUCAUCCGAAUGUCGACGAGAAGGGUCAGGUGUGCCUCCCUAUCGUUACCGCAGAGAACUGGAAGCCAGCAACAAAGACGGACCAAGUAAUCGCGGCUCUGAUUGCUUUGAUCCACUCCCCUGAAGCCGGUCACCCUCUGCGUGGAGACUUGGCAGAGGAGUUCCUCAAGGAUCGUAAAAAGUUUGACAAGAACGCCGAGGAGCACGCGAAGAAGUAUGCGGAGAAGCGACCUGCAUAACUUGCUUCAGGUGGCGUCUGUUUUAGUUGCAGUGGCUGGCAGCCAAGUCAGUCCAGUCAGUCCCCUCAUGGCAUGAGCCCAGCCUUUGCCAUGUCAUCCUGUGUACUGGAACAACUGAGCAGCACUCCAUCCCUAACGCUUGUUUGGCAACCAGCUCCUGAUCUGCUAGGAGCCGCUGCAUUGACUGGUAUGAGAACACAUGACAAACAUGCAUGGGGGCAACCUUCUGCCGCUUUCUCUUUGUCCUCUCCUUCGUACCUUUUCGUAUAACCAACACCACUUGUCUCCGUCGCCACCUCCCCCCCCAUUUUUUCCGUUGGCCAUUCUCAAUUAUUCAUUUGAGUUUUGUAAUGUGGUUUUACACUGCCCAUAUUUGGCGGGCCACAUAUUGUCGAAUGCCCCGGGCAGGUUGUUUGAAAGUUGUCUGACGUCAAAAGUGUCACUGAGAACUGCCCGUCAUGAUAACAAUUGUCGCCCCCCCCCCUUCACACACACACACAUACACACACACUCAUCCAUGGAUCUUCCCCCUUUCGGCCCGGGACUGAGCAUCUGAGUUUGAGUUUGUGGGAGCAUGGCUGUUGCGGGUCUUUCGCCGAGCAUAGCUCGACUGACAGGACGCGUUCCAUCAACACGAAGUGGCCGAUUGGAUGUAUUUCUGUGAACCAGUGAACUGCUGCCUUUGACUUUUCAAUGCCUUUUUAUUUAUGUAGCUAUUUAUUAUUGAACAAACUUUUUUGGAGACAAAAAAUCUAUUUAUUUAUAGAGGCGUUGAGGAGACUUUAUUUAUGCUUUAUUUAUUUCCUGAUUUUUGUUCCGAAGAUGAUGAAUUCGUACUUGUCUUCCGCGAUGCUUUUCAAUUUCAGCUGUCAGGAUUUGUUCUCCAAAUGCACUGUGCGUUCGUGG